AUGAUGGUGCGCGGCGCAUUAAUUCGCCGUUUGGCUUCUCGAGGUAUGCCGUUUCGCGCGCUCCGCCCUAUAAAUAGGGAAAGUGAGAGCUCUGUUGAGGCGAUUUCCGACGAGAGCUUCCGGUAUUCCAGGCGAUUUCCGAAGUGUGCUAACGGCAACCAGGCGAUUUCCGGCACUACCAACGGUAGGAAGGGCGAUUCGUGUCCAGACGAUCUGAGGCAGAGUCCGCGUCCAUUUUCAGAAGUUGAACUAAGGUACCGUUCGCGUGAGCCCAACGCGUUCGAUGAGGAGUCAUCGGAAAGUCUCUUUGACUCCGAUGUUGAAGCGGCAGGGCUUGAUGCCGAGGAUGGAAGUGAUACCGAUGUCGAGAUACUCGGUGAAGGGCCCAGCUCCGUCCCUAUACAUGGCAUCGGAAAGGGGCUAAUGACCGCUCCGGUACCGUUGUCUAUUGUCUAUAGCGACGACCGCCAUGUGGGUCUAGGCGCCCCUAGGGAGGCUAGCGGUAGUCGCCAACCAGAGGCCUCCACUUCCGGCCGUGGUGAGUAA